AUACAGAAAGACUCAGGCUGGAGAAAGAGAUGGGUCUGCUAACUGUGAUCGUAUGCCUUGCUGCACUGCACCAAGCUGUUGGACAGAAGCCAGCUCUGGGUUUUUCUGCUUUGUCUCGUUUCAAUGUGGAUAGCCAAAAGGUGAUCGUCGACAAGCAUAAUGACCUUCGGCGAGCAGUGAAUCCCACUGCCAGAAACAUGCUGAAGAUGGUAUGGAAUCUUGACGCUGCGAACAAUGCUCAGAGAUGGGCAGAUCAGUGUAAAAUGUCCAUCAGUCCUCGCAACGAGAGAGUCGUUAAUGGUGUCUUCUGUGGUGAAAAUAUUUUACAGGCAACUUAUCCCCAGUCUUGGUCUGAUGCAAUCCAAACCUGGUAUAAUCAAGUGGCUAAUUUCAAAUAUGGUACUGGAGCAGUCAAAGACAAUGCCCCUAUUGGUAGCUACACUCAGGUGGUUUGGUAUCAUUCUUACCAGAUUGGAUGUGCAGUUGCCUACUGUCCUCAGAAUAAGUGGCAGUACUUUUAUGUUUGCCAGUACUGUCCCGCAGGAAAUAAUGCAGCAAACUUAUCUAAACCGUACAAACAGGGACCAGCGUGUGGCGAUUGCCCUAAUGCCUGCGACCGAGGACUCUGCACCAACCCUUGCACGUAUCUGGAUAAAUACACAAACUGUGCCACCUUAAAAGAGCUCUUUGGCUGUAGUCAUUCUAUGGUGAAGGAAGAUUGUCUAGCUUCCUGCAAAUGCACCACUGAAAUAAAAUAAUAUCCUGCUAUCCAUCACUUUCUCUUCCUUGAGAUUGUUUUAUUUGAUAGAGAAAAGAACCCAGGAUAAAACAAAAACAAAACCAUUCCCAAUAUUUUCAUAACCGCUUGAAUACUGGAUAAAACAAUGAUUAAGUUGUGCUCUGCAUUAUGUGUUAGAUGUCCUGAAUAUUGUUCUGUAAUUGAAACUAUUUCCAUAAUUACUUUAGAUUAUUCAAAAAUCUUAUUUUAGCUAUCAAUGGGCAUAGGUCUAUUCCAGGAGUGGGUGGGUGAGGUUCUGUGGCCUGCAAUGUGCAUGAUGAUGGGUCCCUUCUCGUCUUAAAAUCUAUAUGAGUCUACUUCAAAGCAUGGAACUCCCGCUGAAUUUUAUUCUUAAACAGGAAAUAGAGUCAUAAUCUACUUGACUAUUUUUUUGUAUUGCACAUUAAAUUUCAGUUGAUUUGCCGCUGACUUUUUCUGUGAUUAUAAAAUGAAUGUAAUCCUGCUAAAUAAAAGCAUUGUUUAACUCCA